AUGAACCCCAAGGCGGCUUCAAAGAAGCGCAAGGCUGUCACUCGCGAUGUCGAGGAGGAAGCUGGUGUCUUUUCCGGUGACGAAUUGAGCAAAGGCAACCUCGAUGGGGCCUUGUCGGACAAGACUAGCCUUUCGGACAGCGAAGACGACGACAGCGACUCGGAAGUCGAGCUGGUUGAUGACUUUAGCGACUCAGAAGAUGGAGAAGAUGAAUUGGACAGUGAUGAGAUCCCCUCUGAUACAGAGGAAAUUAAGCCAGCUGCUGGUGAACCCAACUUCCGCAUUGUGAAGGAUGCCAACGGAAACGAUCGCUACCUCUGGGAUGAAAUUCAUCCGGAUGACAAUUCUGAACUCUCCGAAGUGGAUGAAAAUGCGAACACCAUUGGCGACAUCCCGCUGAAGUUCUACGACGAAUACCCCCAUAUUGGUUACGACAUUAACGGAAAGAAAAUUAUGCGUCCUGCCAAGGGCGAGGCCCUAGAUGCGUUGUUGGACAGCAUUGAAAUCCCCAAGGGCUGGACUGGUAUGACUGACCCUCAGACCGGCAAGCCUCUGGAGCUGAGCCAGGAGGAAUUGGAGCUGCUCCGCAAGGUGCAGAUGAACGAGGUUCCCUCCGAGGGCUACGAUCCAUAUGAGCCUUUGGUGGAAUGGUUCAGUAGCCAAAAGGAGAUCAUGCCACUGAGCGCCGCUCCCGAGCCCAAACGUCGUUUCGUUCCAUCCAAGCACGAGCAGAAGCGUGUGAUGAAGCUUGUGAAGGCCAUCCGCGAGGGCCGCAUUCUUCCUUACAAGGCGCCAGAGGAUAGGGAAGAGAAGGAUGAGGAGCUCAUCAACUACGACCUGUGGGCUGACGAAGUUGAGCGACCUGAUCACGUUAUGCAUAUCCCGGCACCCAAACUCCCACCCCCUGGUUACGAAGAGAGUUACCACCCGCCUGCCGAGUACCUACCAGAUGCCAAGGAACGCAAGGAAUGGGAGCAGACAGAUCCUGAGGAUCGCGAGAAGGAUUACCUGCCCAAAGAUUUCGGCUCCCUGCGCAGAGUUCCUGGAUACGACAACUUCGUCCAGGAGAAGUUCGAGCGUUGCUUGGAUCUCUACCUUGCUCCGCGUGUGCGCCGUAGCAAGCUAAACAUCGAUCCCGAGAGUCUCCUGCCCAAGCUUCCCAGUCCUGAGGAGCUCAAGCCUUUCCCCACUGCAUGUGCCACAGUCUUCCGCGGCCACAAGGGCCGUGUGCGCUCUGUCAACGUGGACCCAACUGGUAUCUGGUUAGCGACUGGUGGCGACGACGGUACCGUCCGUGUCUGGGAACUCCUCACAGGUCGCCAACUGUGGAGCGUGAAGCUCAGCGAUGACGAGGCGGUCAGCACUGUCCGCUGGCGUCCGGGCAAGGACGCAGUCGUCCUUGCCGCUACCGCAGGAGAUGAUAUCUUCCUCGCCGUGCCUCCCAUCAUCGACCCCGAAAUCGAGAAGGCCAGUCUGGAUCUCCUCGACGCAGGCUGGGGCUUCGCCGCCUCUCGACCGGCCCCCAGUGUUUCAGAGGAAGGCAAGAAGAACACAGCCCCGACCUGGAUCCGUCCCGAGUCUGCUCUCGUGGAUGCUGGUGUUUGCGUCGUCAUUCCUCUCCGUUACGUGCCCAAGACGAUCUCGUGGCACCGCCGCGGAGAUUAUUUCGUGACAGUGUGCUCGGGCGCCUCGACACCCGCCUCCGUCGCAAUCUCUAUUCACACAGUCAGCAAGCACCUGACACAAUUCCCCUUCAAGCGCCGCCUCAAGGGCGGUGGUCCCCCUCAGACUGCCCACUUCCACCCGUCGAAACCCAUCCUAUUCGUCGCCAAUCAGCGCUCGAUCCGUGCCUACGAUCUUUCGCGCCAGCUCCUCGUCAAGAUCUUGCAGCCUGGUGCCCGCUGGAUCUCGUCCUUCGACAUCCACCCUACCUCUUCCAGCGCAUCCGGUGGUGACAACAUCAUCGUCGGUUCGUACGAUCGUCGUCUGCUCUGGCACGAUCUCGACCUCUCCCAGCGUCCCUACAAGACCCUCCGCUACCACCGCAAGGCUAUCCGCGCCGUCAAGUUCCACCCCAGCGGCCGCUACCCGCUCUUCGCAGAUGCCUCCGACGAUGGAUCCCUGCAGAUCUUCCACGGCAGCGUUACUGGAGAUAUGCUCAGCAAUGCUACCAUUGUGCCGCUCAAGGUUCUCAAGGGCCACAAGAUUACUGGCGAGCUGGGUGUCUUGGAUAUCGACUGGCACCCGCGUGAAGCGUGGGCUGUCAGUGCUGGUGCUGAUGGAACGUGUCGCUUGUGGAUGUAA